AUGAAAAGAAGGACAAGCAAGGAAUGGCCAAAUUGGAAAAUGGGGUGGCGCUGGGGUUCAGCGUACGAAGCGAGGCGUGUGCGCGGAGUGUGGAUUCAGUUUGCACGUGACACAUUUCCCCACGAUCAUAUUAAAAGCGUAACGACUCUCAUUUCUCUCACAAAAAAAUGCAGUCCUUAUCUUUUGUCGUCUCUUCAAAACACAAAAGCCAGCGGUGAAUUUGAUAUUCGAGAGGAAGAGGAAGAGAGGGACUGCGUUUUUGGGAGAGAGAAACGAGAGUGCUUCUGCAAUUAA